AUGCGGAGGGGACACGGCACAGCGGCCACGUGGGACCGUGUGGUGACACGGGAGGGCACGGCCCACAUCGAGGUGAUUCCCUGCAAGAUCUGCGGGGACAAAUCCUCCGGGAUCCACUACGGGGUCAUCACCUGCGAGGGCUGCAAGGGCUUUUUCCGGCGCAGCGAGCGGCGCGGGCCGAGCCUGGCGUGCAGCCGCGGGCAGCGCUGCGACAUCGACCGCGCCACCCGCACCCGCUGCCAGCACUGCCGCCUGCAGAAGUGCCUGCGCCUCGGCAUGUCCCGCGACGCCGUCAAGUUCGGCCGCAUGUCCAAGAAGCAGCGGGACCGGCUCCAGGCCGAGGUGCUGGAACAGCUGGGAAGGAAAAAUGGGGAAAAUGGGGAAAAUCGGGAAGAGCCGGAGCGGCGGGAACAGCAGGAACCACGGGAAAACUGGGAAAAACGGGAAAAACGGGAAGAAUGGGAAAACCGCGAGCAGCGCGAACGGGAACGGGCGGCUCAGGGGCCACCGGAGCCCUCCCCGGCCGGGCGCUGUCCCCCGAUGUCCCCCGGUGUCCCCGCGGCGCGUCCCAGCGGGGCGUGGCCCGCGGAGGAGGCGACAAAGCGGGGACAGGACGGGGACAGGGCGGCGACAGCGCCGUCCCCUCAUCCCGGUACCGGCGGCGUCCCGGAGUCACCGGCGGGCCUGGAGAUCGAGCUCCUGACCCAGAGCGUCCUCCUGUCCCACCGUGCCACCUGCCACCCCCCGCGCCGAGGAGCUGCAGGGCCGCCGCUGGGACAGCUUCACCCGCGAGGAGAUCUGCGCCUACCAGAGCCAGGUGAGGGCCGGCCCACGGCGGAGAUGUGGCAGCGCUGCGCCCGCCGUGUCACCGAGGCCAUCGAGCGCGUGGUGGAGUUCGCCAAGCGCCUGCGCGGCUUCCUGGAGCUCAGCCAGCACGACCAGAUCGUCCUGCUCAAGGCGGGUGCCAUGGAGGUUGUCCUGGUCCGGAUGUGUCGCACCUUCGACGCCGCCACCCGCUCCGUCCUCUUCGAGGGCAAACUCGCGGGGCCCGAGCUCUUCCGCUCGCUGGGGUGCCCCGAGCUCGUCGCGUCCAUCUUCGACCUGGCGCAGAGCCUGAGCGCGCUGCGCUGCUCCGAGAGCGAGCUGGCGCUGCUCAGCGCCCUGGUGCUCGUCAACGCCGGCCGCCCGUGCCUGCAGGACCGCCCGCGGGUGGCCCGGCUCCAGGGACAUUUGGACGUCGCUUUCCGGCUCCUGCUGCACCGGACCCGCCGCGAGGGGCUCCUGGCCAGGCUGCCCACCCCGGGCCGGCUCCGCGCUCUCUGCUCGCAGCACCUGGAGCAGGUCCAGGCUUUCCGCCGCCUCCACCCCGGCGGAAUCUCGGCCGCCUUCCCCCCGCUCUACCGGGAGCUCUUCGCCCCCGACCCCGCCGAUCCCCCCGCGGGGACCCGCUGAGCGCGACCUCGGGACCGCCGGGAUCACCGGGAUCACCGGGACCGCCGGGACCAGCCCUGAUCCCGCUGAGCGCGACCCUGGGAUCGCCGGGAUCACCGG